UACACUUUAAUGCUCUCUCCCUCUCUCUCUCUCUCUCUCUCUGUCUGCAGAGAUACGCAAUCUCUACCUGUUCUCUCUCUGCUCUCUCUUUCUCUCUCUAAACCAGUGUUGGUUGGGAGCAUCCACUCUUGCGUGAUCAACAAUGGCGUAACAGCUCUCUCUCUCUCUCUCUCUCUCUCUCUCUAGCUGCCGGUGCCGGUACAAUCGCGGCGCCUUUCACGCGCCUCGAAGCCGCUGAGCAGAAGGGACAAGGAAGUGGAAACGGGCAUCGGACGGACUACAUUCCGAGCGCGGGCGGCUCCGAUGGACCGGACGACGACGGCGACGACGACCUGCGCGCUUGCAUGGGCGGAACCCUAAGCCUCCUCGCCGGAGUAGCCAUCGUCCCGCCGUGUCCACCUCUCUCUCGUUCUCUCUCUCUCUCUCUCUGUGAGUUUCCUGUGCGUUUGGAGUGUCUGUGAACCGGAGCGCGCUCGCAGAUCAAGGAAGGGGACCCCUGCACAAAGCAUAGGAGGCAACCAUGGCUUUAUCAAGUGUAUCCCCAACUGAGGAUGCUGUCAGGGCAUUUCUAGAAUACUUGGUUGAUCCUCUGAUUUCAGCUACAUCUUCUGUACGAGACUCUCCAUCACCUUCUCAGCAACAAUCGGUCGCAAAGCAGGUGCAUGGAGUUGUCAUAUUGUACAACUACUACCAUCGGAGACAACACAGACAACUAGAAUUUCUGGGUUUUGAGUCAUUCUGCAAAUUAAUUGUGGUUUUGAAACCUCCUUUACUGGCAUACAUGAAAUUCUUGCAAAGAAAUGAUGAUGCUGAAUUAGUUGACCCCGAAAAGCAGCUUUCCUUGAUGGAGAAGACUAUCAUGAAUGCAUGUGAUCUGUGUAUGGGGUUGAAUGCGUCAAAGGAUAUUCCAGAUAUAGAAGGAUGGUCAAUUUCUGAAGUUGCUGUUUUCUUGGUUGACUCUAGGAAAGAGAAUUGCUUGUUGCUAUUCAGCAAGGGGGUUUGGUCAUUGUUUGAAAAGGAUGUGGAUAUCUCCAAUCAGAGUUCAGAAGCCAUGCCGGAUUUGAAACAGUAUAAAAAGAAGAGGAUGACCAAAAAGCCCUUGAGAGAUGAUCCGAGCAUUAAUGAAGAUGCUAUGCAGCAGCUUGCAUUUUCAUCAGUCAAGGAAGCCACAGCCAUUAGUCAGGCCCAUCUUUCUAUACUAGAAAGCCACACUGUAUAUUCUCUGGGUAAAGAGAAAUCAACAUCUCGCUUCUACAUAAUGCAAUGGACCCAACCUACUAGUGAAGAUGCUGUUCAGGUCCCUAUAAAAGAUGCCAUUCGGGUCCCUAUAAAAGAUGCCAUCGACAGCUUGCAGGGACCUUUGAUCAGGAAGGUGUCACACAGAUGGACAAUAACCCCAGUCGUUGAAUAUUUCCAUGUGCUACCCUAUGCUGGGAUUUUGUCGGACUGGUUUUCCAGGGAUGCAUCUCCAAAUCAUCUGGAAAGUUUGAAAGUUGACUCUGUAACUGCACAAGUAAAGAUGGACGAAGAUGAGGUCUCCAUUUCAACUGAACAGAAAUAUAAUAAUAUUCCUAGUUGCAAACCAAAGGCAUCUUACACCAAGAGAAAGCUGAACUCUGUUUCAACUGAAGAGAAAUAUAAUAAUAUUCCUAGUUGUGAACCAAAGACAUCUUACACCAAGAGAAAGCUGAACAACCUGCAAGAUGUCACCAAUGAGGACAUGACGGUUGAAAACAAUUGCCAGACUGGCAUACCUGAAUGCCAAGGCAAUAAGAGUACUGCUGGAAACAACAUGAACAACAAUACUAUAUUGGAUAAGGAGCCAAUCCUUGGUAGUGACCAUGCUUUAGUUACUUCCCAGUCCCCCUCUGAAGAUCUUGAGAAAAUAUAUUCUGUGUUGGCUUCUAAAGAACACACACUGUCACAAACUGCUUUAAGAGUUGUUCUCCAGAAAAGGGCUAAACUGUCCCUUCAGCUGCGAAAUAUAGAAGAUGAGAUUGCGGAGUGUGACAAGUGUAUCCAUACGAUAUUGAAUGGUGGAGCUGAUGCUUUAGCGCUGAAGAUAGACUCCAUAAUUGAUGGUUGUAAUUAUUCGUGCCUGGAAACUACUGCUCAUGAAAGGCCAAAUACCCAUCUUGAAGGCCAACCUUUACCCCAUUGUACUGAUGUAAAGUUGUCUGAGGCUGUUAUCUACAGACAAAGUCCAUGUCAAGAGUUGGAUGAAAUAUGUGAUGCGAACACUUGGAUUUUACCAACUUAUCAUAUUUGUGUCACUGAUGGUGGGUUUGUCGCUAAAGUGACUGUCAAAGGUGCGGAUCUCGAGUGUUCGACUGACGGAGACCCUCACUCCACUCCUCAAGGAGCCAGAGAAUCGGCUGCAGCCAACACGCUGGUCAUAUUGAAAAGCACUGCUAACCAGGGGUAGAAGCUGCAUCAUACUCAGCCACUCAUCUGAAUUCUGCGUUUUGCCUUCAACAUGUAUAUAUGAUGGUCCUGUGGAAUUCGGGGCAUGCGACUUUUGUAAUCCGUCCUGUGGGUUGGUAAGUCUUUUGGCUGAUGACGAUAGGGUCUUGCUUGUGAAGAAUUUUAAAACCUCUGCAUGAUAGGGAACAAAGGCUCUAACCUUGCGGGUGUCAUGUUAGCAUAUUUUAGUCUUAAGACUCCAUGGUCCUGGUAUAUAUUAAUGGAACCGGAGUGAUAUUACAACUCUUUUGCCUUUUCCUCUCUGUACACAGCGAGGUAAUUUUGAAGA